AGACACAAAGUUCACGUGAUCCACCACCACACAUCAGGACCCAUAUCUCGUGCUCUUGAUCUACCCAAGUCCACGCUCUCAGCACGUGCGACACGUGCCACAACUCACGCCCGAACCGUGAGACGCACACGUGUUCCGCAUGGUUUCACUCGCUCACCUCACACACAUAGUGCACGCCCACACGCCUCGUUCGUGCCAGCAAAUUCCCCCAAACACGCUCGCACCUCGCACGCGUGGCAAUCCCCCGAGCGUGAGCGCCCCCUCCUCGCAUGCUCGCACGCUUCUCCUUCCCCAUCCCUCUCCCGCCCGACCCGAGCCGCCCGUCUCCGACCCCCUCCCUCCGUCUUUCCCUUCGGAGCCCCGCCCUACUCCUCGUGAGACGACGCCGUACUAUUUAUUUCCGGCCGCCGGAAAAUUCGGGCACGGAUUCCGGUGAAGCAGCUAGGGCUUCUGAAAGGGGGAAUAGAAGAUGGAUCGGGUGGAAAAUGGGAGUGGGAGCUCUGAGUGAGGGCGAUGAGGUGGAAUUCGAGGAGAAAAUGGAUAAUUCCGGCCAAGGUGGAGUCAAUUGCUAGAAUUCGGCCGUUCCAGCUGGUUUUAGGAGAAAAUUGAGCAGGAUCGUAUCUGCAUUGUUGAGAAAAAUCUACUCCUUCAAGUGGUUAUGUGGGAAAUUAAGCAGUGAUGGUUUCUACAUUCAUGAUAGAAGGAUCAAGUAGCUAAGAUAAUCAGGAGGUUUAAAGCGUAGGAUAAAUUAUGGAAACGGGUCUUCAGAAGUUAAUCACAAGUGAAGAAGAUGAUGACGAAGAAAUGGAGAUGGAUGUGAAAGAAGAGGACAGUGGCGAUGAUGAAGAUGGAGAGAAGCAUGUUGAUGCCUCCCAAAUGAUGGCAGGGGUUGAUGGAGAAAUGCCAACAAUAAGUAAUAAUAAUAACCGUUUACAACAGCAUCAUCAAUUUCAAGAACAAGUGGGGACUCCCGGAGGGGGAGGAGCUAGGAGGUGUAGACCCCUGGAAGAGAAGGAGAGAACCAAGUUAAGAGAACGGCAGCGCAGGGCAAUCACGGCGAGGAUCUUAGCAGGGCUACGGAGGCAUGGAAAUUAUAAUCUUAGAGUUAGGGCUGAUAUCAAUGAUGUAGUUGCAGCUUUGGCUAGGGAAGCUGGCUGGGUUGUUCUUCCAGAUGGAACAACAUUUCCUUCAAAAUCUCAGGGCCCAAGGCUGGCUGGUGUCAAUUCUGCAGCAGUGACUUCAUCAUCAUCCCAAAUAGUAUCCCCACGUACUCCUGCUUCCCUUAAAGGAGUUACUUCUGGCUAUCAGAGCCCUGGGGAGCUUAAUGCUUCCAACACCAAAGGUGUUUAUUUGCCUAGUUUAUCGCCUUAUGUUCUCCCCUCAAGCGCUCAGUCCCAAGGUUCAUCCAUUGUUGGAGAUGGAGCAGGUCAAACAGAGAGUCAUCCUCUUAGUGGUGGCUCCUUGGAUAAUGUUGGCUACAAACAGAUUGUUGACAUACCCCUGAAGUUACAAGAACGUGAUUUCUCCAGCACUGCGUACAUUCCGGUUUAUGUAAUGCUACCACUAGGUGUUAUUAACAUGAAGUGUGAGCUGGUUGAUCCAGAUGGUCUACUAAAGCAGCUAAGGGUAUUGAAAUCAGUUAAUGUAGAUGGCGUUAUGGUUGAUUGCUGGUGGGGAAUAGUAGAGGGACAUGCUCCACAGGAGUAUAAUUGGAAUGGAUACAAGAGGCUCUUUCAAAUGGUGCGCGAGCUUAAGCUGAAGCUACAGGUUGUCAUGUCAUUUCAUGAAUGUGGAGGCAAUGUUGGUGAUGAUUUAUGUAUUCCACUGCCUCAUUGGGUGGCUGAAAUUGGUAGAAGCAACCCUGACAUAUUUUUCACUGAUAGAGAGGGAAGAAGUAAUCCUGAAUGCCUUUCAUGGGGAAUUGACAAGGAACGAGUUUUAAGAGGCCGGACGGCUGUUGAGGUAUACUUUGGCUGCAUGAGAAGCUUCCGUGUAGAGUUUGACGAGUACUUUAAAAAUGGUAGCAUCUCCAUGAUUCAAGUUGGACUAGGUCCUUGUGGGGAAUUGCGAUACCCAUCUUGUCCUGUAAAGCAUGGUUGGCGAUAUCCCGGUGUCGGUGAAUUUCAGUGUGAUGAUCAGUAUUUGCUGAAAAGUUUGAGGAAGGCUGCAGAAGCAAGGGGACACUCCUUCUGGGGUAGAGGUCCAGAUAAUGCAGGUUCUUAUAAUUCCCAGCCAAAUGAUACCGGUUUCUUUUCCGAAGGCGGUGAUUAUGAUGGCUACUAUGGCAGGUUCUUCCUUAAUUGGUACUCUCGAGUUUUAGUUGAUCAUGGUGAUCGGGUGCUUUCUCUAGCAAAGUUAACUUUCAACGGAACCUGCAUUGCUGCAAAGCUAUCAGGUCUUCACUGGUGGUACAAGACGGUCAGUCAUGCGGCUGAGUUGACUGCGGGCUUCUAUAAUCCAUGCAACCGUGAUGGUUAUUCUCCAAUUGUGACGAUGCUAAAGAAGCAUGAAGCUAAUUUAAGCUUAGCAUGUACUGAAUUGCACAUGUUAGACCAGCAUGAAGAUUUCAAAGAGGCACUGGGAGAUUCUGAGGGUUUAUUUUGGCAAGUGCUGAAUGCUGCGUGGGAUGUUUGCUUACCGGUUUCUAGUGAGAACGCUCUUGCUUGUCAUGAUCGUAUCAGCUACAACAAGAUAUUGGAUAAUGCCAAGCCCUUGACUGAUCCAGAUGGAAGGCAUUUGUCAUCUUUUACCUACCUUAGGCUCAGUCCACUUCUAAUGGAAAGAGACAACUUCAUGGAAUUUGAACGAUUCGUUAAGAGAAUGCACGGUAAGACAGCCUUUACCACUGCUUUAUUGUUGAUUCAAUUUGAUGCGUUAUUGAUCUAGUACCAGAAUAUGGAAAAUGCCAACAACAGUAUCUCCGUAUAUAAACACUGCUCCACAUUGGAGAACGAAAAUACAUAAAAAUCAGAAUCAGUUCACAUAUUUGUCGCCGCGUGUUUUCUGGAUUCGGCAUGAGUUGUAACUAUGAAUUUCACUGCAGGGGAAGCUGUUGUUGACCAAGUAUAUAGCAAGUAGAAUGAAGUAUCCCCAGAUAGUGCUUUAUUAAUUCCUCUUGAAUGAAGAGGGUUGUCCAGUUUAGUGUAUUAUCUUCUUUUCUUAGAGGAAAAAUGAAAAUUUACUAGUCGAUAGGACAGCGGCUAACGACGAGAUUCAACUAUUUUGUACUCGAACAGCGAUCGCGAUUGAUAUGUAAAAGUAAUUUAAAUGUAAAAUCCUCAUAGCUUUUAGAAAACAUUGCUUGCAGAAAUUGCAUCUUUCUCCACCAUUAGCAGCCA